CCAUGGGACAGUGGUUCCGGAAGUGGCGCAUCGACAUUAACCCCACGAAAAGCACAGCGGUGCUCUUCAAAAGGGGUCGCCCUCCGAACACCACGCUGAGCAUCCCUCUCCCGACUAGGCGCGUCAAUAACCCCGCCCCCGCCGUUCGCCCAAUCACGAUGUUCGACCAGCCCAUACCGUGGGCCCCGAAGGUCAAAUAUUUAGGCGUCACCCUCGACAGUAGGAUGACAUUCCGCCCCCACAUCAAGACGGUACGCGACCGUGCCGCCUUCAUUCUAGGACGUCUCUACCCGAUGAUAUGUAGGCGAAGUAAAAUGUCCCUUAGAAAUAAGGUGACACUCUACAAAACUUGCAUACGCCCCGUCAUGACCUAUGCAAGUGUAGUGUUCGCUCACGCGGCCCGCAUACACUUAAAAUCCUUUCAAAUUAUUCAAUCCCGUUUUUGCAGGAUAGCCGUCGGAGCCCCGUGGUUCGUCAGGAACGUCGACCUCCAUGACGACCUGGACUUAGAGUCCAUCAGUAAGUAUCUUCAGUCGGCGUCCAUGCGCCACUUCGAUAAAGCGGCACGACACGAGAACCCUCUCAUCGUGGCCGCCGGUAACUACAUUCCCGAUCCUGCGGACAGAAUGGAAAGCAGUCGACGUCGCCCUAAACACGUCAUCUCGGAUCCUCCUGAUCCACUAACGGUGCUUUUAGGUACUUCAAGCACCGGUCACCGUUCUCGUCGAACCCGUCGCUUGCGACGAAGGGCUCGACGAGUAAAUUAACUCUCAGACACAGCCCACUGAGUUUCUCGCCGGAUCUUCUCAGUGGGUCGCGUUUCCGAUCCGGUGGUAGAUUCUGCGAAGCACGACUCUUGCUAGGGUUCGUGUUAGCAACAUCGUCAGGUUUGAGCCCCGUGAGCUCACCUACUAAAGUUAAGGCUACGCUGAAAUAGCCGCUAGGGCUAUCAGCUUAGGUAGGAAAAAAAAAAAAAAAAAAAAAAAAAAAAAAAAAAAAUUUUCGGAGGCUCAUUCGUCGUUCGUCGCGCAACGCGUUAAAGUCUGCUGCUACUACUAAUACAAAACACAAACCGAGAAGUUCGUCAAGAUGACCGGUCGCGGUAAAGGAGGCAAAGGUCUUGGAAAGGGGGGCGCUAAACGUCACAGGAAGGUGUUGCGUGAUAACAUCCAGGGCAUCACGAAACCGGCUAUCCGUCGUUUGGCUCGCAGAGGUGGAGUGAAACGUAUCUCCGGUCUUAUAUACGAAGAGACCCGCGGCGUUCUCAAAGUGUUCCUCGAAAACGUGAUCCGCGACGCUGUCACAUACACCGAACACGCCAAGAGGAAGACCGUCACCGCUAUGGAUGUUGUGUACGCUCUGAAACGCCAAGGUCGCACCCUACCAAGCUACGUCCUCAGGAUGCGUUCAGGUCGUCUCGAAAUGGCGCGUACCAAACAGACUGCUCGUAAGUCGACCGGAGGUAAAGCUCCUCGCAAGCAAUUGGCGACUAAGGCCGCUCGUAAGAGCGCACCGGCAACAGGAGGUGUCAAGAAGCCUCAUCGUUACAGGCCCGGGACGGUCGCCCUUCGUGAGAUUCGUCGUUACCAGAAGAGCACGGAACUCUUGAUUCGCAAACUGCCUUUCCAGCGUCUCGUCCGUGAGAUAGCUCAAGACUUCAAGACCGAUCUCCGUUUUCAGAGUUCGGCGGUGAUGGCCCUGCAGGAAGCCAGCGAGGCGUAUCUGGUCGGUCUCUUCGAGGACACGAACCUUUGCAAGUUCGUCAAGAUGACCGGUCGCGGUAAAGGAGGCAAAGGUCUUGGAAAGGGGGGCGCUAAACGUCACAGGAAGGUGUUGCGUGAUAACAUCCAGGGCAUCACGAAACCGGCUAUCCGUCGUUUGGCUCGCAGAGGUGGAGUGAAACGUAUCUCCGGUCUUAUAUACGAAGAGACCCGCGGCGUUCUCAAAGUGUUCCUCGAAAACGUGAUCCGCGACGCUGUCACAUACACCGAACACGCCAAGAGGAAGACCGUCACCGCUAUGGAUGUUGUGUACGCUCUGAAACGCCAAGGUCGCACCCUGUACGGUUUCGGCGGUUAAAGAAGUUUCAUCGACGAUUUUUUAUUUUUAUUUUUUGUCUCGAGAACGAUUCAAUUUCUUUUUUAAUUACACGGACAACCGAGCAAUGACUGACAACUGACAACAGCGGUGACAGCAAGCAAGCAAGCAAGCAAGCAACACACGACGUGGACCAUCUAGAAACAUGUUUCAAGAACUUUUUGCUGUCGUUGAUGUUGUAAAUCAAUCGCAAGUGACGUUGGUUCGUUUAAUUAUUAUUAAAUUUUUCGUUCUCGAAUACAAACAAACAAACAAAGGCCCUUUUCAGGGCCGCA